UUCCUAUCCCCCCUUCUUUGAGCCAAAGAUGACCAACCCCAAGUGCUCUCCCUUCCUCAAGAUAGCUUUUCUAUUGAUGGUGGCCAUUGUGUUGGACCGCGCCAUCUCUGCAAGGAUCUUAGACGAGGGAACCCCUGCGGCGGCAGCGAUUGCGCCUGGAGCACUGGCACCGGCGCUAACUUUGCCUGCUACGACAACUCCUGCGGUUCUGGCUACCGUAUCUACUCCUUCUACUGUAACUCCCGCGGUCCCGGCUACCUUGUCUACUCCUUCCCCUGUGCCCCAACUGAUCCCAACAGGAGCUGCUCCAGAGGCUCAGCCUGUCCCGACUGACACUCCUCCAGUGACACAGCCGAUCCCUACGGACACCACAUUGGCCAAGCCAAUCCCGAUGAUCACUGCUCCGGUGGCCCAGCCUGUCCCGACAGGUGCUGCUUCAGCAGCCCAGCCAAUUUCGGUAGACGCCGAACACCCGAUCACCUUCUUCAUGCAUGACAUUGUUGGAGGCACCCACCCCUCCACAAGGCCUGUCACUGGAAUCGUAGCCAACGUGGUCAACGGCCAGUUGCCCUUUGCUAAGGCAAAUGGCGUGUUGCCCAUCAAUGGAGGCAUUGCCAUCCCCAACAACAACAACCCUGCGCUACCUGUCACCACCAAUGGUAAUAUGAAUGGUGGACUGCCCCUAGUGACCGGUCUCGGGGGCACCGUCGCUCAGAACGGGAACAACCCAACUGGCUCAAUCCCCUUUGUUACAGCCUCCAACCUGCCCAAUGGGGCGACUGUCCAAGGCCUCCAGUUUGGCACGAUUACCGUAAUUGACGAUGAGCUCACAGAGAGCCAUGAGCUCGGAUCAUCAGUUGUGGGGAAGGCACAAGGUUUUUAUGUAGCAAGCUCCCAAGACGGGAGCAGUCACACGAUGGCAGUGACUGCACUGUUGGAGGAGGGAGGGAAGUAUGAGGAUAGCAUAUGCUUCUUUGGCGUGCACCGCACUGUAGCUCAUGAGUCUUAUGUAGCGGUCAUCGGCGGCACCGGCAAGUACCAGGGCGCCAAGGGCUACGCGACUGUGCAGUCUCUCCAUCCGGCCGAUGAUCACGCAACCGAUGGUGUCGAGACACUCCUCCAGUUCACAGUCUACCUCAUGCAGCACUAGUUAUGGUCCGGGCGUCAGGCUUCUUAGAUUUGGGUGUGGCAUCUAUCGGUGGUGCAUUGUGCUAAUGGUUAGAAGGCUGUUCUUGUAAUGUUUGAUGUUGUGCUGGAGUGAUAAGACUUGUUUGUGGCUUCAUGUUUUCCUUCAUCUUUUGUUUUUUAAUGGUGAA